GUACUUCUUCACUUAUAUAAAGCCUUGGGCAUCAACUUUAUGUAUCGCCAUAUUUACCCAACUCUCAGCAACUCUCUCUCUCCCCUUCCGCGCUCUCCUCUCACAUUCUCUCUCCAUACACAUACACACACAUCUACAAAGAGGUAGAAAGGCGAUGGAAGGUCGAAAGUUCGCCGUCCUUCUCUGCGCCGAGGAUUCAGACUACGUGAUGAAUAAUUAUGGCGGUUACUAUGGAGUUUACGCGAGAAUGCUGAAGGAAGAGGGGGAAACCUGGGACGAAUUCAAGGUGGCGCGAGGUGAAUUUCCGGCGGAUGAUGAGGUAGCCGAAUACGACGGUUUCGUCAUCACAGGAAGUUGCAGUGACGCCGACAGUAACGAAAUUUGGAUCUGUAAACUGGUGGUUUUGCUCAGGCGAUUGGACGCCAUGAAGAAGAAGAUUCUCGGUAUUUGCUUUGGUCAUCAGAUAUUAGUACGAGCUCUAGGCGGGAGGAUUGGGCGAUCCACCACCGGAUGGGAUAUUGGAGUCACCAAAAUUCAUUUGCAGAAGUCACAGAUUUUUACUUCUCUGAAGAUGCCUCCUUCCCUUUCAGUCAUUGAGUGCCAUAGAGACGAGGUGACAGAGCUUCCCCAAGAGGCAGAAAUCCUAGGAUGGUCAAACAAGACUAGGGUUGAGAUGUUCACAUAUGGGAACCACAUUAUGGGCAUUCAAGGUCAUCCCGAGUACACUAAAGACAUUCUUUUGCACCUGAUCCACCGUCUUUCCAACAACGGUCUCAUUGAGGUAUCCCUUGCUAAAGACGCGAAGUUCAAGUUGGAAGCAGUUGAGCCAGAUAGAGAGGCAUGGAAGAAACUUUGCAACUGCUUUCUAAAAGGAGGAUUAUAAAACAAAGCUAAAAGAGUGGGGAAGAGGGAACCUGUAGGUAUUAUAUACAUAUCUGGGCUGACUAGAGAAUUGGCUUCCGUAGAUUAGGGAACUUUUUGUGCCAUAUCUUGUCACAAUUUAUUUGGUUAAUUUAAAAAUAUCAAUAGAUAGCCAUCAAAAAUUAAUUGAUGAUGCUAGUUGAGUCACUAAUUAGUUUUAUGUGAAGGCUAUUCUACUUCCAUUGUUACUAAUGGUUGUUGACCAGAUGUUCAAGUCACAGAAAAUAGGGAAAUCACUGAUGACUGCAAAUGCCUUAAUUUGUUUGAAGUACUUCUAUCUGAUCACCAUCCCCAAUAAUCCUGGAACUGGAGGCACUAAUAAUGAUCACUGACCACUAAAUUUUUCACUUUAACAUAGAAAUCCCAAUUGGUGGAAACAAACAGAUAUAAAGUUUACGAUGCUAAAAAUACUCAUUAAGCAAGCAACAUGAGCAGUACUAACCCAAUCUUGCCACCAACAAAAUUCAGAUUAACAUCCUGAGCAUUUGUGAAAAUGAGCAAUUAAAGAAUUGAUAACUACAUUGAUUUUCGUCCUCCUAAUACAAGGGUGUGAGUGUUGAAAUGUAUCGUUCUAAUGACACCAUAAAAUCCAUUCACUUUGUCUAUUUCUUAGAAAUUGCUUCACCUAUGCGUACCUCUCUGCUAAUUAGCUUACAGCAAGCGAACUUAAUGACAGCAGAAGCAUACAUAAGAAAACUGCAAUUCCCAGGAAUUCAUAUAGAAAAUGCGCAAAAUUUGGCUAGAACUGCAUCUACGGGAUCUAAAAGUAAAGGAAAUAGAACAAACAAAUUCAAGCUUACAAAGCUGUUAAAUUGUUGCCGAAGCAAGUUAACAAUAAAAUUCUAAGUCAACUUCAAGGGAAGUCUAUGAACUCCAACUGUGCAAUGUAAAUUGCACAUCCAUGUUAAUGUAUGGUAAAAAUUUUUGUAUCAUUCUUUCAUAUCUUCUAAGAUCACCACACCCAAUUGCCACAGAUAGUAUCGUCUGAUGGGAAAUCCUUAAUAGUAGUCACCAUAGCAAUAAGCAGCAAUCCAGACACAACUAAUGGACGAUAGUUUGUGAGGCUGGAGACCGCACUUAAGAACUCAUCAUCGAACCUGAGUUUCUCCUGCAUUCAGCUAACAUAUCCAUGUAGAACUGACACUUAGUGAUGUCAGUGCCAUAGCUAUUCA